AUGGCAUCAGUAGCUGCUAGUAAUGAUAAAAUAGAUAACAUCAGUCUGAGGCUAGCAGGAGUCAAAGGAGAUGGAAUGAAAGUUGAUGAUGUUUUUGUCUAUGGACAAGUUUCCAACUGCUCUGAACAUAUCAUAUAUUUUGGAGGAGAUGUCCAAGAUUACCCUGAAAAUAUGGAACGCCACAGAGACAACAAACGGUAUGUCACGUGGAACUCGGAAAAUACUGCAGCACUUAUACACAGAAAGUUUCCUUCCUCCCUGGUGUUUGUUAUCAAGCCAUCCAAGAUGCAUUUACUGACAUUUGCUGUGUAUUCAAACUUCAUUGAGACUAAUGACUUCGGCAGUCCAGUUCACAGCAGUGACCAUGGGGCGAUCAGACAUCUGUCAUGUCUUUACAACGCUGCAGUCAAAGAAGUCAACAGCAGAACAGGUGGAAGUAUUCAACCAUCCUGCCCUCUACGGUUGAUUGGCUUCAGCAAAGGAUGUACAGUUUUGAACCAGCUGGUGUUUGAGCUUCAUCUUUUAGAUCAAAAUCCACAACUGAAACAAUUUAUCAAGAAGAUAAAAGCUUUCUACUGGCUUGACGGUGGGCACAGUGGUGGCAAGGAUAAUACUUGGAUCACAGAUGAUGAACCUUUGCGGCACCUGGCAUCCUUAGAUAGUGAAAUCUACAUUCAUGUUACCCCUUAUCAAAUCAAUGACCCUCUGAGAAAGUGGAUUGGACAGCAAGAGGCAAAGUUUUGUAAAAAGCUGAAAGGAUUUAAUGCUAGAGUGGUGGAGAAAGUACACUUUGGCAAUGAACCAGGCAGCAUUAACAAUCACUUUAAGGUGUUGGAAGCUUUUUGA